GCCUCUCGCCGCACCAAACAGCCAAUCCGCACCUCGCGUCCUCGCCUCUUGCGUUGUCCUCGCCGCGCGCGGCCUCGUCGCCCUGAUCCGGUUCCCCCCAAUCCUUCUUCGCCUUUGUCGUCGAGCCCAAAUUGAGCCAAGCGAAGCCGUGAUCCGGUCCAUGCGCGGAGCGUGGUAGCCGGAUUCUCUCGCCGUCGUCGCCUCCCCUUCGCCGCCGCCGCCGCCGUUUCUGGUCGCUGGGAUCAGCCGAGUUGGAUCUCGAGGCAUAAAGCGUUGCGGGCGCCCGGCGAGGAUACGAUGCCUGCGGUGCUCGCCGCAUUCGCUACCCUCCGAGCGGCCGCUGCCAUCGCCUCCGGGGACUCCGCCUUCCCCUGUUCCCAUCGCCUCAAGCAUCGUUUUAGUAGUAAUUUUAGUAGUAGUAGUAGUAGUAAUUGUCUUUGACCUUUCCGUUCCCUACGUCGCCCACACCUCUUUACCUUCGCGUCCGGGUUUCGAUUUGGUUUGCUCGACCCGAGGCUUCCUUUGGCCUUGCGGCUUCUCUCGGUGUCAUAGUUUGGUGUCUGGAUUCGAUCUGCAGGAUCGGAAGGAAGGAAGGUGUUGGACGUGGUAAUUACCACCUACAAGAUAAGAGAAACUUCUCUUUGUAAUUUGGGAUCAAGCUUGUGGAUGGGCGAACCCUCGGCGGACUUCAGUGCUGAAGGUGUUAGCAGCAGCUCAGGUCUCUGCCACAGCACCUGUUUAAAGCCUGGUUGCGAGCACGGUUGUGCUUGCUGGGAAGAUGAAUAUGUUGAAGCUGUAAUAUCUUCUGGGCAAGAUGAUUUGGCGGUUGAGGAAAUUGGAAUGGCUCUUACUGAAGUGAUGCAUGCCAAUGAUGACGAAGAAGGGCCAGGUCUGGAUGAAGAUUCUGACAACGAUGUCAUUGAUGACCCAAUUCUUUCUCUGGAAUCUGAUUCAACUGAUGAUUUAGUGGACGUGGACUCUGUAUCACCCGCCUUUCCUAGUGGUGAUGGUGAUGCAAUGGAAUCAUCAAUUGACAAUUCAGUUGCUGGGAAUUCUUCAAUUAAUGGCACUCCAAGGUUAGUUUCUGCAAUGAAAGGAACCCGUGCGAAGAAGGGAAUCAUUGCAAAGUUGAGUGUUUCAUGGGCCCCUGAUGUAUAUGACCCUCCUAUUACUUCUGACUCUCACACUGUGAGAGGGCACCAUAGGAGUUCAAUGAAGAGCAACUACAAAUACAAGUCCUCCAAGAGCAGUAGCCGCAGUACCACGGGAAGCAAAAAGGACAAGAAGCAUUCUAGGCACAGUAGCAGCAGUGGUGGCGGCAGCAAAAGGGACAGGAAGCAUUCUUCCCACAGUACCAGUAGUGCCAGCAGCAGCAGAGCUGUUACCAGUGGUUCUCAAUAUCGUAACACAUACUGUGGUGACGGGAUCAGCAGCAGCAGAACUGUGACAUGUGUUCCUGAGUCUGCCAAGGUAUCUCCAUUGGUGUUAGCUGAAAAUGCCGCACCGCAAGAGCCGGUUCCUGUACUCAAGACACUGGAACCAAUCAAAUGUGCUACCAGCUGCAGCAAAGAGAAGCCAUUUGCCUUACUGUCACGCCAGUUUUCUCCUGCAAGGUACAAGGGGAUGUUUUCCUUUUGGAGCCAAAACCAACUGGCUUCUUGAUAAUCUGCUAUACGGAAGCUCACCUGGAAGUCUUCGUUGCUAAUUAUGUCGUAUCAGUGAUUGUUUGGUAUCAUUCCCUUCGUUACCAUGUUUGUUUCGCCUGUGUCUGAAACUUCAGAGGUCACGUUUUCCAAAGUUGCCCGGCAAAGUGCCUGUAUAUUUGAGUUUCCGUUAUUAUUAUUUCCUCACUGAAUCGUGUAAUUCUUUUAUCUGUUUCAUGUGUUUGGUACUGUUCCAUUUGUGAUCGUGUUGUAUUAUUUGCACAUUUACUCCUACAUUGCUGGGACUGGUUCAGUCUUCUGUGUUUUGGUUAUGUUGGAAUUGCAGCGAUUUCAGUUAAAUGA